GUGGAAGGAGGCGGACACAAAAGUCGCGGCGCUGUGCGGCGCCACCACGGCGACGGCAGGGGAGAAGGGCGCUGCUGCUGGGCAGGCGGCGGCGGGGACUGCCUGCAGCCCCCAAGUUCCCACGGAUGGGCUGGUGGGCUUCUUGUCCGGCAAAGGCGACGCCACCCAGUGGGAGGACGAGUACCUUUGGAUGAACGCCACAGUGGGCGGUGCGACAAGGGUUGCCAACGGCUUCAACCUGACGGGGCCCGCGUCACGGAUUGUGUGGCCGGCGGUUGGGCUGGCGGGUGCCCCGGCGUACCGCUUCGCCGGGCGCGGGCUGACGGUGGUGGCGACGGUGGCGCUCCACGGCGCCCCCGAGGGCGUCACCCCGUUGCUGGGCGUCGGCGUGAGCGUGGGCCGGCACGUGUGCGAGCUGAGCCUGUGGCACGACGAAAAGCGGCGCUGGCGGACGGACAGGCGUGGGGGCGGGGCGGGCGCGCCAACGCCGCCGUGGAGGGCGGGGGAAACGUACCAGGUGGCGCUCGCGGCUAAGGGCGUCACCGGCAGCGCCUACGUUGACGGCGUGCGUGUGGGGUCGCUGGAGUGCGCCCUCGCGCAGGCAGCGGCGGCGGCGGCGGACGAAGAAGUGCCGCUCCCGCCGCACGACGAGUUGUUGUACGUCGUCUUUUUUGGAGGCGGCGCGAGCCACGUGACGCUGACGAACGUCUUUCUGUACAACCGGCUGUUGGGGGACGCGGAGCUGAAGGCGCUCGUAACGGAGAAGCCCAGCGCCCCGGCGACGGCGGAGGAGGCGUCGACGUCGGCCCCUGCGCAGGGAGGGCCCGGAAACGCAUCCGCCGCCGGCCCGGGAGGCAAAGGCAAGCGCGACAGUUCCGUGCGUGGGCGUCUGUCUGCGGUGUCGCCGCUGCCGCUUCUGCUGGGGCUAUUGGUGUGUGUCUCUCUCCUCUGA